UAGUUACAAAGAUAGAUUCACUGAUGAAGUCUCUUAUACCACACGUAUAGAUUAUUAUUACCUUGUUUAUACUUGAAUAGUAAAUACACGCUGCUUUCACAUUCACAAUCAUAUGCUUCUAUUAUAACGCAGAAUUUCAUCACAACUACAACCUCGUGUCAAGCUAAAUGAAUUGAUGUCCGUCAGAGACUAUUUCGAGGCCGAAGAGCGUAUGUGCCACCCCUGUAUUAAAAGCAAACUUAACGGCUGUGUUAUUAUGGUGUCGUCUGCUACCAUAGCAACUGAACCCCUGUCCAGAAGGCAAGCCAUUCGAUACGAAUCACAAGGUCAAACUUUGGAUCACAGAGCGAUGCUGAGAUCUUCAUGUGCGCGUAUGAUGGCAGGUUGUAACUAUAUUCGUAAGUAUCCGCACGAGAUUUAUAGCUUUUCUCGAACCAGCUUUGCUUUGCGUGCCGAAGCCCAGGACGUGUGCAAGAUGCUAGGUACUCCCUAUCGACCCUUUGAGGACUCGCUCCCAUUGCCUCGCGCAUUUGCCAGCUAUGAAGAGAGUGUUGUGGGUGCGAUCGGCGAGGAUACCUUCGAGGAUGAGUAUAUUGAGGAAACAAUAGAUAUAUUCGGCCAAGAUAAUAAGUUUGAUUCUGAGUUCUACAACGAAGAUUUGGAUUUGUUCGAUGUUUAUGAUGGAGACGCACAUGCCUACGAGUGUCUAACCGAGUAUACUGAAGGAAGUGGUGUGAAGAGUGCCAUGAGAACCGAAGCUGUAAAAGAUGAUUGCGAUCCAACUGUUCUCAUUAAAGCCGCAACCGUAUUAGAUACGGUACUAUAUCCGAAGGAUGGGUCGAAGACUGACGCGGACUGUUUUGUGCUGGAAUCACAGGCCUUCCCACACGUGUACGGCGACGUGUUUUCAGCCAAGUAUGGCAGUGAUACGAAUGAAGCACAUGGGAAGUGCCAAUGGAAUAUUGACAUUAUCGACAGCGACUCGGAUAGCGAUGUAAGCGAAGAAGAUGACGAUACACCGUCGGACGAUGAUAUGAGCUCGGCUGGCGAUAUGGUUGCCAAAGGUGACGUUCAUGACAUUGCGGAUGAUGUACGUGAUAUGUCUCGUAAAAUUAUCAGUGGCCAUGCAGGUCUGUACGAGGUGCACAGGAAGAUGGGCAGUGUCACGAAGUUACGCGCAUAGACGGCCGGAGUCCAAUUCAUUUACGUACACACACACACACACACAACAAACACACACACAUAUAGCAAGUAUGUAUGUGGAAACAUUUAUCAACUGCUGUAUACGAUUUGAUCGAUCUCAAUCAGUUUUUAGGUCCUAAAAACAAAAGGAAUACCCAGGGGCCGCCAUAGCUGAGUGUGUGCGCGCUCUGGUGGGUCCAAUAGGUCUUAUAAAUAUUAGUAAUCACUUACAACCGAAUCAUUAGCACGUGUACGGAAUAAAUGUUUAGGAAUGCAGGAAAAAGCGAUCCAGUUUUACUUGUUGCCUUUGUGUUUGGUACCGUCUAUUCUAAUCGAGUUCAGGACCUCAUCGAUGAGUAGGCUUUAAAUAGGGUUUACAAACCUUAAACCCAAAAACAUAAAUCCAGACAUCAAUACGCCAAGUACUUGCACGCAAAGUCGAUAAUUUCACAGCUUCAACUUCAUAGAUUCGCGACUAGCUCCACUAAGGAGACUACAAACGUCCGAAUAAAACUACGAUCAUCACUUAUUAUUUGUAAGUUUGAAUCAUUGGUUUGUAUGUAGCUGAGAAACCAAGCAAGCGUACUUGUUACGUUGUGAAUUGUGCUAAUAUUUAAGUCUAGCAUAUUUGCUACCUA